UGUUGUUUUGUUGGUGUAUUUUUAGAGAGUAAUGUGAAAAAGUUCAUACUCAUGGCUCCGUUGUAUUAUUUAAAUAAUAUAAAGAAACAUGCAUUUGCUAAGCAAAGGGCGUAUUCAUUCAUAUCAUUUACAGAAAUGAAGCUGUUGUUGUAGGACAAUAUGUAAUUAACGCGGGAGCGCAUAGAUCAUGUCUUCGGAAAGGGAUUUCUUCCUAAAAUUCUUUUAGAAUUUCUUUGUACUAAAAUUUUGAUUAUGCAUUGGAUUGAAUGUGGCAACAGCAUGCAAGAAAGUGAGCUGAAGAAAUUAAGCGAAGAAAGUUUGACAAGACAACCUGAGGAAGUGUUUGAUAUCAUUUGCAAGUUAGGGGAAGGGAGUUAUGGCAGUGUUUAUAAAGCUCUUCAUAAAGAAUCUGGCCAAGUUUUAGCCAUUAAGCAAGUCCCUGUCGAUACAGAUUUGCAAGAAAUCAUUAAAGAAAUCUCAAUUAUGCAGCAGUGUGAUAGCCCUUAUGUAGUUAAAUAUUAUGGAAGUUAUUUUAAGGGGACCGAUCUGUGGAUUGUUAUGGAAUACUGUGGAGGUGGUUCUGUAUCUGACAUAAUGCGACUAAGGAAGAAAACGCUUAUGGAAGAAGAAAUUGCAACAAUUCUUUGUGAUACCUUGAAAGGGCUUGAAUAUUUGCACUACAGACGAAAAAUUCACAGAGAUAUCAAAGCAGGAAACAUUUUAUUGAAUACUGAAGGUCAUGCCAAACUAGCUGAUUUUGGUGUUGCAGGGCAGUUAACUGAUACCAUGGCUAAACGGAAUACUGUUAUUGGUACUCCCUUUUGGAUGGCACCCGAAGUUAUUCAAGAAAUUGGCUAUGACUGUGUUGCUGACAUAUGGAGCCUUGGAAUAACUGCAUUAGAAAUGGCAGAAGGGAAACCACCUUAUGGCGAUAUACAUCCCAUGAGAGCAAUAUUCAUGAUUCCUACCAAACCUCCACCAUCAUUUAGAGAUCCUGAUAGAUGGUCAUCUGAGUUCAUAGAUUUUGUUUCAAGAUGCCUUGUUAAGAAUCCUGACGAGCGAGCUACUGCAUCAGAGUUGUUACAGCACGAAUAUAUCAGUAAUGCCAAACCUGUAACAAUCUUGCAACAGAUGAUUGCAGAGGCUCGAGAAAUUCAAGAAAGUGAAACCUUCCGUAGAGACAGAACGAAUAAUAUAGACUUUGAUGAUGAUGAAGUUGAUUCUCGAACAAUGGUAGAAUUUGUGGGAGAUUCUGGGACCUUAGUGCCAGGGAAUGAUGAUUCUGAUGAAAAUAAUACUAUGAUAGCUCAUAGUGAUACCAACACUCUUGUAGCUAACAGCGAUGUGGAAUCUGAUCUUGGUACUCUCGUCAUUAACAGUGAUGGUGAAGAUGAUGAUUCAACAAUGAAAAGGCAUGAUACUGCACCUGGAGAAAAGAAAGAAAAUUACCGUCCGUAUUUCUUGGAUCAUUUUGAUAAAAAAGAAAAAGAGCAGCAACAAAGAAAUGAGCUUUGUACAAAUAAUGGUUCAACACCAGUUCCUCACACUGCAACACCAUAUCCAAAUCAUUUUCUGCAAAAUGCUGUGAAAACGAACUCUCAAACUAAAUUAGUUCAAACCCCUGAAAGAAAAUUCUCAAAUCACCUUCAAAAACAACUCAAUCAGAUAAGCAGCAUUGGUCCAUCCGCUGCUUUGCAUGAACCAGCCAAAUUUCAACGUUCCUUUACAGAUGGUGAUUUUGACUUUCUUAAAUUCUUGAGCUAUGAUGAACUUAGUCAACGUAUGGCUAGCUUAGACUCUGAAAUGGAAAAGGAAAUUGAAGAGCUCAGGCGACGUUAUCAAGCUAAAAGACAACCAAUAUUAGAUGCCAUGGAUGCAAAAAAGAAGAGACAACAGAAUUUUUGAUUAUUUUUAUCAAAUUUGUAUGGGAAAGAUUUUCUUGCCUUCCAGUGAGUGGUGUGCUUGAAUAGGUGGCUAUUUGUGCAGCCUUUCUCUUGUGAUGGGAUUUGUGAUAUAUUAAACCAUGCCUGCCUAUGAAACCAAAAAUGAAAAAUUAUGCACAUGGAAGCUACCAUCUAUAACUAUAGUCAUAUGUAUACCACAAUCAAAAAGUGAAAAGCAGGGAAAGAUGCUUUGAAAUUUGUUCUAUAUGUUCAUAUCUUUGCUUUGUUUUAUGUCUUAUUAGGUUUUAACCUAGAUGAGCACUCAAAGUCGAAUGUUUUAAAAAGAAUGCUAAUAUCGCCUUUGAAAAUAAAUGCAGAGUGAAAUUAUGAAAGAAAAUUGGAAGAAAGUUGUAUAAAGUUCAUUCUUCAUUACAAUAUUGUAUAAAUAUGUGUACAA